CCCGCCCCGGCUGCUGCUCGCCCUGCCCGAUACGCGAGCACUUCCAAAAUGGCGCAGUCUCAGUCGAGCGCCGCCUCCGCAUGGGCCCCGUCGCCUUUACCAGGGCGAGGAUCCCCUUCGGCCACGUCCUCGUCCUCGUCCUCCACUCCGCCGCACGUGCUGGGCAUCUUUGCUGCGUUCACGACACUGUUUGCAUGUCAGCUGUUCCGAGGCGUCUACAUCCCGAUGGUAUGGUGGUGCUUGCGCGAGUCGCUGCUGUCCGAUCGAAGUCCUCCCGCCCCAGGAAGCAUUCCCGAGCCACCUAUACACGCAAAUGAUACGCACGAAGCUGCCAGCGCGUCGGGCAUGUCGUCGACUGUGGCCGGAGUGGCCGUCAUCCUGUACAUGCUGUUGCCAGCGGUGCUGACGUACUGGCUGCCUGCAACGCUCAUUCGACGCUUUUACAAGGACGCUGUCGGUGGAGGUGCCCUGCUCAAGAACGCAGGCAAUGUGCUAAUCGUUCUCAAGCUGGUUGAGCAGACAUCGACGAACGCCAUGACGGAUUUGCAUGUCGCUCUCGCCGGCUCUGUGCUGGCCUUUGCCAUUUUGGCGGUCGCCCUCUCUCUGGCCGCGAACGAAGGUCCAUCGCACGUGCUACACCAUGGCAUUGGCAUAUUCAUUGGCAUUAUUGCAGACGUUUGGAUUCGGAGCGCCUUCUACUCGCUCGAUUUGUCACACGUCUCUCGAUUUCUCGGGACUGCAAUGGUGGUCGUGCUGUGUGCAGUGUACUUUUAUGUGUGCAAAUCGGUGGACGAGUAUCGCGUAAUGCGAUUGACCGAGCGUCGUGUGGUCGUGCCCACAGCGCUGGCAACGCCCCAUCAGCGCCAUCCGUCAUCACACAUUCAGCAACCAUUACUCCAUCCCCACCAACAGCAGCAUCCCUACCACCAGUCAGGCGAUGCAAGUUCGCGGGCACAUCAACAGCAGCAGCAGCAGCAGCAGCAGCAACUACAACAACAACAACAACAACAACAAGAACACCAGCAACAACAACCACACCAACACUCGCGAUUACACUAUGCGCCCGUCGUAUCGCAUGGCUUGCCUGUUCGACCAGGCGCGAUAGCCAUCAUGCCCACCCCUCAGACUUACAAUGCAGCCAUGUAUGAUCCGGUUGGCAGUGCGUCUGGGCGGUCGUCAGCCGUCGGAUUUCCAAGCGGGGAGCAUGUUGGCAGAACCGAUGAUUCCUCACCUUCGAGCGGGACAGACUCCAGCUCUAGCAGCCUGCCGAUGGCUGGGUCUACAAUAACUGCAGCCACGAGUGCUCGAUUACUGGCAAGUGGGGAUGCAGCCAAUGACGACAACGGUGCAGCAGGCAACGCGAUAGCCUCCGCUAUUGCCGCAAACUCGACUGGUGUCACCAGCUCCGGCGCACCAUGGAUUGGCGCUGCGCUUGGCUCGUUCUUGUUCAUUUCCAGUUCUUGCACCAUGUCGCAAGGAUGGAUUGCGACCACUACCGGACUGGGCAACCGCGCUACAAUGUCCAUUCUGGUGCUGCAAGCGGCGGCCGGUCUUGCGCUCUCGAUCACCUUCCUGCGACGCAUGUCGUUUCGACGCGUCGAGAGCGUGGCAUGGGCGCGCGCGUCUGUAUUGGUACCACUUGCGGCUGCCGUUUUCACCUGGCUGCUGUCGCUUAUGGCGUUCGAGGCCUUGCCCCGAACGGUCAGCUUUUUCGAAGGGACCCUUGACGAACUCACCCCAGAAGUGCUGUUGUACGCACCAGUCCUGGAACGGCUGGUUCUCAGACAGAUACCAGGCGGGGAAGAGCUUGCAACCACGGGCUCGUCUUCUUCCGUUCCGUUGCUUUCGGAAGCUCCCACCACCGGCUCGUCGUCCGCUGCCGUGAUUUUGCUUCUAUUGGCUGCACAAGCCGCCAUCUCUUGCCUGUUCUUGAUGCCGUUCGCGUUUGGCAAGAACUUUUUCGUGCCGUCGGUGAAGAUCCCUCUCCAUUUGGCAACGGGCGAUGUGUCGCUCACCUCGGCCACGCCAACAGUCCGACAACCGUCGCAGCGCGGUGGUAGGCAGUACAUGUCGCCAAGCCUGGCAUCGUCUGCGUCGUCCACGCCAUCGCCGUCGCCGUUGUUCUCAAACUCUCCGUUCAUGUCCUCCAACUCGCCCUUCCAAGCCAACUCAAUGUCGCGCGCCUCACAGCCCAUGGCCACGUCCAUGUAUGGAGGCCGACAGGCGUCCUUGUCGCACGGGGUCCUUUCAAUCACCAUCGGCGAGUCGUUGACGGCCAGCCUGAAUUCAACCCAGUCAUGGCUUGGUCGUUUGACGUCUGGUAUCUCCUUCCUGUGCUGCAACGUUGGAUCGUCCUCCCAGCCGAUGGUUGCGUCAUUGCGGGCAGCUUCAUGCAUGGCUAUGGCCGUCCUGACUUUGACAAUCCUGACGUGUGUCGCGCAUAUGACGAGCAGCAUCAACUCGGUCUUCACGGAAGUCCAUGUCCGUCUCGCGGCAGUAGCGAUCAUUGUGUGUGCCUUUUACGCGUGCAAGCGCGUGCAAACCUCUGGAUCGCUCCUCACGCCGUCGGCCUUGUCUGGCGUGCAACGACUGCCGCUGCAUUUCAUCAGCUUGGUCACGCUCACCACACUGAUGCUCUUCCUGUUGCAAACGCAGGCGGGCACGCAAUCCUUUGGCCUCCAACAACAUCUUGAUCAGCACGGCAACACGGUGCACAACCACAACGACGAGCAAUUUGCGCGCCCGUCUGCCUCGCUGCUCCAGUCCCGAAUCCUUCGAGUGGCCUCGCUCAACACACAUAUGGGUAUUUCCGCCAACUACCAGGUGCAGCUGGACGGCAUAGUCACUGCACUGCUGGCCGAAGAUGUCGACGUUCUGGGGUGCCAAGAGUUUUCGCGCGGUUUGCUGAUGGCUGGAGGCAUUGACAUGUUGGCCUGGCUAUCCGCGCGCUUGGAUAUGCCGUACGUGACCUACAACCCCACCUAUGACACCUCUGGUGGCGAUAUCUUGCUGAGCAAGUUCCCGUUCAUCGCCAGCGGUCGUGUCGCCUUACCCAGUGGCGUCUCGCAGCAGUCAAGGCGUGGCAUGAUCUGGGCCGCCCUCUCAAUACCGGGCACCACCAAACCCGUGACACUCGUCACGACGCACUUGCAUCACGCUGAGCGAGACCAUGAAACUCGCAUUGCUCAGCUCGAUGCCAUCAUUUCGGCAGUGUCCAGCAUUCCCCUCCCCGAUUCUGCCCAGCCUCCUGAAAUUCGACGUGUAGUGGUGUUUGGCGACUUGAAUAGCGUGCCAGGAGGGCCAGAGGCGGAGUUGGCGCAGAGCCGAGGGCUCGUGGACAGCUGGCCGGAACUCGAGCAGGCUCAGGGCUACACUUUUCACUCGCGCAACCCGACCCAACGGUUUGACUGGCUACUGCAUUCGCGCGACGUGACUUGCAAGUCUAUUUCGGUGCUCGAUCUCACCGUUUCUGAUCACAAACCGGUCGUUGCUUCUUUUGAAUUUGAAGAGUAGCCCGGCCAACCCCAUGCAGACAGUGUGGUUUUUCUUGUUUGAAUUAUAC